CAAUUUGGUUUUUCUUAUUUCUUUAUUUUAUCCUAGAAUUUCCAAAUAUAUUAUAGGAAAUUUGUAUGUUUAAGCUUGUUUUGAGAAGGAAGUUGUUUGAGGAACGGGAACUAGGGCGGCGGCGAAGGAGUUGUGUUGGGUUGAGUUUUUAACAUUAAAAAACAAAAAGGAGAGAGAGAGAGAAAGAAGUAAAGUCAAAUGAUGCUAAAGAAGACCAUCCCUUCUCUUUCGCUUCCUUUGCCUUCCUCUUUGUUUACUUUCACAACACAAAAAACUUCUCCAUCUUUUCUCACUUCCAGAAAAAUGGAUUCCCUCUCAGUCUCAGCCAAAGCCAAACCCCCAACUACGACCAUUACUCCAAAAAUCCCCAAAUUCUUUCCCAUUCAACAAACUCCUUCUCCAACUCACUCUCACUCUAUUUCCACAUUCACUUUGGUCUCUUAUAACAUUCUCGCCCAGGCUUAUGUGAAGAGCUCUUAUUUUCCGCAUUCUCCAUCUCCUUGUCUCAGGUGGAAAGCUCGGUCACAAGCAGUGUUAACUGUUCUCAAGAAUCUUGGGGCUGACUUUCUUUGCCUUCAGGAAGUUGAUGAGUAUGAGAGUUUUUACAAAGCAAAUAUGGAGAAAAAUGGUUAUUCUAGUAUUUACAUUCAGAGAAGUGGUCAGAAGCGCGAUGGCUGUGGGAUUUUUUUCAAGAAUGAUCGUGCAGAGUUAAUUUUACAGGAGAAUAUAGACUACAAUGAUCUAGUAAACUCAAUUCAAAAUGGAAGCUUAUUGAUCAAUGAAGAACAAAGUGACAAGAAAGCUUCCGACAAUAGAGAUUCUGAAGUGACAAGUGGUAAUUCACAAGAUCGGGGGGAUCCAAAUGAUCCUCGAGUGAGGCUAAAACGUGAUUGUGUUGGCAUUAUGGCUGCAUUCAGACUUAAGCGUCCUCAUAGUCCUAUUGUUAUAGUGUCAAGCACACAUCUUUAUUGGGAUCCAGCCUGGGCCGAUGUGAAGCUUGCGCAGGCUAAAUAUCUUGUAUCUCGUUUAGCUCAAUUUAAAGCAUUGGUAUCCAACAAAUUUAACUGUUCAUCUUCACUAUUUUUGGCUGGUGAUUUCAAUUCAAUCCCAGGGGAUAAGGUUUACCAAUACCUUAAUUCAUGCAACAAGUUCUCUUCCUCAGAGACAGUGCAAGAAGAUCUAGAAAACAUUCCUAUUCGUUUAUGCAGCGUCUACAACAUAACAAAAGGGGAGCCGAAGUUCACCAACUGCACACCCGACUUUACAGAUACAUUGGAUUACAUUUUCUUUUCUCCUUCUGAUAACAUAAAACCAGUGAGUUUGCUUGAGCUUCCGGAAUCAGAUUCUUCUGAUGUUGUUGGUGGACUACCGAACUCAAAUCACCCGAGUGAUCAUUUACCAAUAGGUGCUGAGUUUGAGAUUUCCAGUGAGGUAUAGUUUUAUUUGAUAGACCAACAAUUAUUUGCAUUGAGAUUAUUUUCUUUUUAUUUUUUUUUACCGUAGGUGAUUCAAUACUAAGAAAUAUUGCUGUAGUGCCUUUCUUUUUUGUUUGGAAACUUAGCUUGUUUUUUUGACAAUAAGCAUUGUGGUUGCUGAAUUAAUAAUCAUUCAUUAUCUUUCUUGUUGGAU